AUGGCGGAGACGGUAAGCUGUGACACCGACUCGUUUACUAGCGAUGAGUACGAGUGCAAAAUAUGCUACAACUACUUCGACUUGGGGCGCCACACUCCCAAACUGCUGGGCUGCUCUCACACUUUCUGCCUGCAGUGCCUCGAAGCUGUGCACUCCCGAGAGGGUGGAGGAUGGAGAGUCGGUUGCCCUGUGUGUCGACACCGUACCCCGGUGCCGGAGUAUCGCAUUCACAACCUCCCCGACAACACCUCACUGACGGAGGUGCUACCGCUGAAUAAGCUUGUGAACACACCAAGCACAGAGGAUCAGACAGGUCCAGCCGUCUCCUUGGUGACCUCCCAGGAGGGCAACGACAGCUGUCAGACUUGCAAACAUGUGGCGUUUACGACGGCAUGUGUGUGCGCCAUCUUCUCCUUCUUGUCCAUGGUGGUUCUGUUAUUUCUGGGGCUCAUCUUCGUGCAUAACUUCAAUAACACCACGCCGCCCGUCGGCCCUGUCUGCCUGUUUGUUGCCAGCGUCCUCGCCCUGUUCUCGCUUAUUCUCACUUGGUUAAUGUGCAUGUUGAAGUACCGGCCUGAAACAGAAUCAAGCCAUUUCAGUUCCCUCAACUCUAACAUCAUGUAA